AGCCCCAAGAUAGGUAUAAACAAAACUAAAAUUUAUGAAAAGAUAUCUGAAAUUCUGAAAAAUAGGAAACAACAAUUACAAAAUUACAUUACAUUACAUUAUUGGACAUUGGCGGAGACAUUAUUGGGUGGUGCGUAGAGUAAUUAAUAAAUAGAGGAAGAAGAAUAUAACAAAAAACAACAUUUUAAUUGCGUUCUGCGACAACUAUAUACAAACACAACUAUAAUAUUGAACAAAUUUGAAGCUGGAAUGAUUCAAAUUCUAAAAAUCAAAUAUAUUUUGAUAAUAUGAAGGAAAAUGUACAUAAUUUAUUAACAAAACAAUAACCGUCUGGCGAAAACGGUCAUAACCAGCAGGCCAAACUCGAGGGACUGUAAUCCCCUAAAGCUCAAAUAUGUAAGAAUGGUGCGUCUCUUCUCCUAUCCUUUCGGAAUAUGGCCUGGUAAUAUGUUGGAUGAGAAAAUGCCCAAUUUUGUUAAAUACUUCCUAAAGCACGGUCCAAUACAGGCCGUUAUUGUGUUCUGUGGUGAAAUUAACUAUUUGGUCCGUCGACAUAAGGAGGUAGACUUUUUUACGAUUGGAGACGUCUGUAUCACUUCUUGUUUGACUGUAUUAACUUUUGCUCGUGUGAUUUUACCGAACUUUAAAAGUUAUGGAAUUAUUUGGCAAAAAUUUUUCAAAACAUUCCAUUUGAGGAAUUUUAAAAAUAAUGGUUAUAAUUACAAAAAUAUCUGCCUCAAAAUGGACACCGUGUCCCACUAUUUCACGGUGCUCAUGAUCAUUUGCACUAUGAUAGGAAUGGUGCUCUUCAACCUAUCCCCCAUUUGCAACAACGUGGUGAACGGCGCAUACACAAAGCGACGGGACGAGAACACCACCCUACGGUUUUCUGUCCUCUACGAGUAUCCAGGCUUCAAACCAGAAGAUCACUUCAUAAUUACCACCAUUCUAAACUUCUACUUCUCCUAUGCUUGUACUAUAUGCAUCUGUGCGAUCGAUUUAAUGCUCGUUCUAAUGGUUUUUCAAAUCAUCGGCCAUAUUGAAGUAUUGCGCAGGAACCUCGAUGACUUCCCGCUCCCUAGAGAUGUGAUUAUAUUUGACAUUGAAAGUAAUAACCGACGGUUGGAGAUAUCCUUCGAAAGUUUUAAUGCGCGCGAGAACGAUUUAAUACACAAUCACCUCAAAGAUAGUGUCAAUCAUCAUAGAUUUAUUGUGAAUUUUGUCUCUGAGAUGUCAUCUGUAUUUGGUCCAAUGAUGGGUAUUAAUUAUCUGUACCAGUUGGUAGGAUGCUGUUUGUUACUCCUGGAAUGUUCGCAAUUGGACACGCAGGCGCUGGCUCGAUUCGGACCAUUGACCCUGAUUUCGGUGGCACAACUCGUAGAAAUAUCCGUUAUUUUCGAAGUUGUUGGAUCCAUGAGUGAAAAACUAAUAGACAACGUGUACAGUUUACCGUGGCAGUACAUGAACAUGAAGAACCAACGAACAAUGUUCAUUUUCUUCAGCAACGUUCAAAGGACCAUGCACGUCACCUGUAUGGGGGUAACCCCCAUCGGGGUGCAGAGUAUGGCUGCUAUAUUGAAAACCAGCUUUUCAUAUUUUACAUUUCUCCGAUCAAUGGAUACACAAUAAAAAGAAUAAUUAAUAGAAGAAUUAUGCACCGCUAUUACAUUAUUACACUCUUUUCGCUUUUAGACAAACAAUAAACGUAGUU